AUGGAUUAUUACAUAGUAGAAGAGGUUAAUAGUCAGAAUCUGGUAAAGAAGAAUAAUAAUAAGGAAGAAUAUAGUCAUUCGAGACUAUCUGAGGUUAGAGAUGACGACAAACAAGAAGGUGAACUUCAGUUGGAUGGGAAUAAGCCUUUUCAAAAUCUGAUAAAACAUGAUGAAUCCAUAGAUCUUUGUGAUGACAAACCAUUGAUUGAGGAUUUGGAGCCUUUUAAACCAUAUUACUCUGUAAAGAUUCCUGAAACUGCAGCAAAUAAGAUCCACCCACAAGGUCAUCAGCAAAUGAAUUGGAGCGACUAUCAUAAUUUAGAUGUUAUCAAUAAAUGGAUGGAAAAUUUAGAGAAUACUUUUCCUUCUCUUUGCACUGUUGGAGGCAUCGGUACUACGCUGGAAGGAAGGAUAAUGAAAAUACUGAAGGUUUCUAACAGCGAAGCAGGGAAUACAUCUGUUUGGAUAGAUGCCGGUGUACAUGCAAGAGAAUGGAUAGCGCCCGCUGUUAACACGUUCAUAGCAGAUUUUAUAGUCCGAAAUUUUAAUACUCUUCCAACAUGUUUCACUAACAAAGAUUGGCAAGUGUUUUCAUAUAAUAGUUAUGUGUAUCAAAAGCAAUUGAGUUGA